AUGGUGAUUGUUCCACUUGGGACGGUUCUGGUUAAGGUUUUUCCUUCUACUGGUGUUACAGAUGAGGCAAAGAAGGAUCGCAAAGAAGGCCUCGUGUAUGGUAAGCGUUACUCAAAAGAAGAAGAUGAGAUUGUUAUGAAUGCUAAACAUCCAUGGACUCCUGAAGAGUUAGAGAAGGUGAAGAAGUUAGUCGAAAAACACGGACAGAAUUGGAGAUUGUUGGGUCGAUGGUCUCAAGAUAAGUACCAAAGCUUAUUCGACUUAGUGAACAUGGAUUUAUCUAAGGAAGUGACUGAAGAAAAGAAACCCAAGCACGGUAUGUUACGAGACAAUAUCUGUUGGACUGCAAUUAGUGGCAAGAUGUUGCAGAGAAACUUCAUCUCCUGUGAAGGUGUAUGGGUGGAUGUCGAUCCUUUUUCUAGCUUGGCUACUUGUUGCAUAGAAGAUGUCGACUGGGACAAUCUUCUCGAACACAGGCCUGGAGAUCUAUGUCGAAAACGGUGGAGCCAAAUGUUUCAAUAUUUUGGUCCAAACAAAGACGUGGUUGAGGCCUAUGAUAGCAAAUCUGCCAUAGCUGUUGCUGCUAUCUUUAUAAUACUAACAUUUAAUUUUUUAACUUAGUUGUUGAAUUGUUUUGUUGUCCACUAAAUUUAUAAAGUUGGAUUUUCUAUUAAA